AUGGCCGGUGGCCGAUACUCGGCAGAGUUUCUGCUGUACCUGCGCGACUCGCCGCUAUGCGUCAAGCCUCCGAAUCUGCCUCCUCCAGAGGAGUGGAUGGGGCCGCCGCCGGAGACGAUCCGCAACCAGCAAAAAGCCUCCAACGACCGCGCCAAGAGCGGGGAUGCUCUUCUCUUGAACCAAGAGAGCCGUCGCCAGCCGCACGACCGCAAUGGCUCCAGAAACGCAGCUAUUGACCGCCAUCAUCGCGCAGAUCCGGACGAGAUCAUUCUCGGCCCGCCGCGGACCAGCUUCGCCUCCGCGACAUCCAUGCGCAACCAUCGAACUGCCGACGCCGACAAGGGAUUCAAGGACUCGGAUCGUCAGGAUCGGUCCGACCGCUUCAAUUUCCGCAACCGCGCCGGUGACUCUGACUUCGGCAGGGAGCCAAGAGAUGGCCGCAACGCUGGGUUCCGGCGGCGUGGUGAUCAGGACCAAGAUAGCGAAGGCUGGAGCACCGUAAAACCGCGCAAGAGCUUUGGUCACGAGGGUGCCGAGCGCUUCCACGGUCGCAUGGGCGGCGUCGGUGCCACCGACCGCUUUGGUGGUGCCCGCGAUGACCGACGGGCGCGCGACCGCGAUGACCGGGAGGGCAGCGACCGCCGCAAUCGCAACUUUGACCACCGCUCGCGGGACCUGGACGGCGACGAGCCUGAUACCCCGCGCAGGAAUGGACCGUCGCGGGGCAAGUCGGAGUCGUGGUUCAGGAACGAUGCGAAUUCCACCGGCAACGAUGCUGCUCCCAUGUCGCAGCGGGAGCGCAUCGACAGGGCCAAGAACUGGCGUGACCGUGACCCCGAGGACAAGCCGGGUGACAGGUACGGGGACCGGAGCGAUAGAAACUACGAGAGACGGUGGGACCGCGACCGCCAGAACCGAGUCGAGAACGACCCCGAGUGGCUGGACGAGCCUGCCGAGGACAAAACUGAAGGCCAUACCGAGGCCGACUUCAAGAAGUUCAUGGAGGAGAUGAAGGCCGCCAGAGGCGGCGCUGCCUCCAAGUCGGAAGAGAAGUCGGCCACGGUGUUGGACAAGCCCGCCGCCACUGUGCCUACGGCUACCCAGGCAGAGCAAAAAGUCGUCUCGGCGCCUGCCGUCGAGCAGGGCCCAGAUAAGUUCUUCGCGGCCUAUGCGAGCACUGGCCUCGAUAUCAUCACGUCCGGCGCCGAUGCAAAGGAUGUGACGAAACUGAAGGCAGGAAAGUCGUCGAGAUUCAUGGCCUUCCUGGCUCCCCAAGAGGAUAGCCGGGCAAAGACCGAACCGGCGACGCCCGCGGCAGCGGCGCAGCCCGCCGAUAAGCCCGCCGCGUCAUCACAACAAAGCGAAGCCGAGAAGGAGGCGUUUGCCCUUCUCAUCCAGAAGCUGCAUAUGUCGGGAAUCGGCUCGGCCGCCCAGUCGAGCGCCCCGCCAGCACAGACAGGCACGACCAGGAAGUUCCCCGAGUCUCCCUUCCAGGAGCUACAGCAAAAGAGCGCAGUUGGCUCCCCUGAGUCCUUCCAGCAAUACGGCAGCAAUGAUAGGCGCGACGACCCGCGCUUGCGCACUUCACAACCCUCGAUCCACGACCUUCUCUCCCCUCGAGCAGUGGGCCUCCCUGGACCUGGACCAACCCCUCCCCCGGCUACCCGGCCGGAACAAGCGUUGCAGGAUCUCCUUGCCCAGCGGCACCAGCUGCCCGGCCAGGCGAACGCGCGCGCGGCGCAGAACAUGGCCGCCGUUAACCGUAACACUGAAUUCCUCAUGAAUCUCAUGCAGGGUCACCGCGAUGCGCCUCCCGAACAGCCGCGCACGGAGCAGCUUCUCACCCGCAUGCCGCAGCCCACCAAGCAGAUGUCACUUGCCAACGGGCCGGAUCGCGAGCAAGACUACUCUCGCGAGCGCAGCGCCUCGCAGCGUCAGCAGCUCCGCGGGCCGGGCGGGCCGCCGGGCUUCCUCGAGGACAGCCCGUUCCGCCCGGGCGACGUCGACCCCCGCCCCCCUCCUCAGCCGACCCAGAUCCUGCAGCGCCCGCCUCCGCCCGCGGGCUUGGAUCACCAGAUGCACCCCUUCCUCAUGGGCGGGAUGAACCCCGCCGGCGCUGGCGGCCCGGGCGCCAGCCAGAUGGCUCCACAGCGGCCCAUGAUCCCACCGCCGAACCUGCUCAACAACGGGCCCCGCAAUAUGCCCAUGCCGGGCAUGUACCCGCCACCAAGCUUCCCGCCUCCUCACGGCCAUGCCCACUCCCACGCCCACGGCGGGCCCGGCGGACCGGGCCACUUCCCGCCCGGACCGCCUCCCCACCCCCACGGCGGCGGGCACGGGCCCGGAGACGGCCUCGUCGGUCCGCCGAUGCCCCCGCCCGGCGUGCCGCGCUCGAUGCAGCCGCCGCCGGGCUUCUUUGGCGGCCCGCCCCCGCCGGGGUUCAUGCCGCCUCCCAACAUGGGCGGCGGCGCCGGCGGCGGUGCCGGCGGUGGCGGCGGCUUCCCGGUGGGCCCCGACGGUCCGCAGCCUCCUAAUGCGGGCCCCGGUCCCCUUCCCGUUCCCGGCCCCGGCCCCUUUGGCGGCGGCGGCCUCCCUGGCCCGUUCGAUAGGCUCGAUAGGAUGGCCGGCAUGGAUAGACGGGGCAUGAUGCCGCCCGGGGCGUACCGGGGGCCCUAA